AUGGAGGCGCACAUGGAGCGGGCGCUGCGGGAGGGGGUGACGGAGGCGGAGCGCGCGGCGCUGGAGGGCACGGUGCGCGCGCACCACACCUUCCCGGGCCGCGCGCCGGGGGCCACCUGCACGUCGCUGGUGGCGCGGCGCGUGGCGGCGCCGGUGCGCGCCGUCUGGCCCAUCGUGCGCAGCUUCGGCAACCCGCAGCGGUACAAGCACUUCGUGCGCACCUGCGCGCUCGCCGCGGGCGACGGCGCCAGCGUCGGCAGCGUGCGCGAGGUCACCGUCGUGUCCGGCCUCCCGGCCUCCACCAGCACGGAGCGGCUCGAGAUCCUCGACGACGACCGCCACAUCCUCAGCUUCAGCGUCCUCGGCGGGGAGCACCGCCUCCGCAACUACCGCUCCGUCACCUCCGUCACCGAGUUCCAGCCCGGCCCCUACUGCGUCGUCCUCGAGUCAUACGUCGUCGACGUGCCCGACGGGAACACCGAGGACGACACCAGGAUGUUCACCGACACCGUCGUCAAGCUCAACCUCCAGAAGCUCGCCUCAGUCGCCGAGGAGUCCGGCGCAGGGGCGGCGACUGGGUCUGGCGGAUCGCGGCGGCGGAGCUAG